GCAAGCAGCGCGGGUAAAAUUGCCCUUCUUUUUCAGUUCCUAUUAGCAUUAUAUAGUCCGAUACACACUGCUCCAUUCAGAGCAAUAAAAUCUCUGUUUUCAAUUCUAAAAUGGCGGACUCUAUCCCCUCAAAAAUGAAGGCUUGGCUUUACAAUGAAUAUGGGAAUUCAGAAAACGUCUUAAGAUUCGACUCAGAAGUUGAGGUUCCUCAAGUGAAAGAAGAUCAGGUCCUUAUCAAGGUCGUGGCCGCAGCCCUUAAUCCUGUUGAUUCUAAGAGAAUUCUUGGCUGGUUCAAAGUUACUGAUUCUCCUCAUCCUACUGUUCCAGGGUAUGAUGUUGCUGGUGUUGUGGUGAAAGUGGGAAACCAAGUGAAGAAGUUUAAGAUAGGAGAUGAAGUGUAUGGUAAUAUUAAUGAGCAUCCUCUGAAUUACCCAAAACAAUUUGGGACUUUGGCUGAAUACACUGCUGUUGAAGAGAAGCUGCUGUCUCUUAAACCCAAGAAUCUGAGUUUUGUUGAAGCUUCUGGGUUACCUUUAGCCAUUGAGACUGCUUAUGAAGGACUUGAAAAAGCUGGGUUUUCUCCUGGUAAAUCUCUUCUUGUCUUGGGAGGUGCUGGUGGAGUUGGAACCCUAACAAUCCAGGUGGCAAAGCAUGUGUUUGGUGCAUCUAGAGUGGCUGCAACUGCUAGUAGUGGAAAAUUGGAGUUGUUGAAAAGCUUGGGAGUGGAUUUAGCCAUAGAUUACACCAAGGAAAAAUAUGAACACCUCCCAGAGAAGUUUGAUGUAGUGUAUGAUGCUGCUGGGGAGUGUGAAAGGGCAGUGAAGGCAGUGAAAGAAGGUGGAAGUGUGGUGGAAAUAGUAGGGCCAAUGAAUCCUCCUCCACCAGCAUUUUUAUUUAUAGAAACUUCUGAUGGUGAAGUGUUGGACAAAUUAAAUCCAUACUUGGAAUCUGGAAAGCUGAAGCCAGUUCUUGAUCCUAAAGCCCCAUUCCCAUUUUCUCAAGCUGAGGAAGCUUUUUCACAUCUUCAAACUGCAAGAGCUAUUGGAAAAGUGGUUGUGUAUCCAAUCCCAUGACAAGGACACAAAUAAAAUAAAUUAAUUAAUAAGGAAAAUUACUAUUAGAUCUUUA